AUGCAGUGGAGAAUCGGUGUUGGAAUGGCAUUUUCUUUCAUUUGUUGCAUUUUUGCCUACAAAAAUGCAGUCCACUGGUUGGAUUUGGUCAGCACACAGCCAAGUAUGCAUAUGGAUAUUUUUAGCCUAACUCCACAAUUUCUCUUGUUGGGAAUUAUGAAAGGACUUUCUGAAAGAGGGCUUCAAAGUUUCUUUCGUUCUCUGCUUUCUGAAUCUCUAAGGGACUACAGGACACCAUUUGGAGAAUGUGUGAUGGGCAUCGGAAAGUUUCUGUGUACACUUUGUAUCCUCAAAAGCUGGUUUGGGCAUGAUAUAGAAUCAAGUCGAAUGGACAAUUAUUAUGCGAUCCUGACCAUUCUAAGUUUUGUUAACUUACUAAUUUACUGUGUUGAGCUUGCGCUUGCGCACGGUUAUGGAGAUGCACCUCAAGAAGUAGACUGUGAACAACCCAUAGAAGGUCCACAAGCCAGUUCAAGACCUUUGAUAUUGCGAUCUCCUAUGAUCAGACUUCAAAUGACCUUCAAUUUAUCAGUGUUUCAACAAGUGUUGAUGGGAAAGUUAAAUCUUGGAAGAUAA